AUGCGGGCCAUGACCACGACGAGCACGGCCAUGGGCGCGGCGAGCACGAGUACGACGGCCAUGACCACCGACCAUGCCCACGACCUGAGGGGCGCGAGUCGGCGCAACCUCAUCAUUGCCCUAACGCUAAUCUCGACCUACAUGCUGGCCGAGGUCGUUGGGGGAAUCUUGUCGGGCAGCCUGGCCCUCAUAGCCGACGCUGGACACAUGCUCACGGACGCCCUCGCCAUUGGCAUGGCGCUCGCAGCCAUGUGGAUGGCGGAGAGGUCGGCGACCGCCGAGCGUACGUUCGGUUACGAGCGCACCGAAGUGCUGGCCGCCAUGCUCAACACCAUAGCGCUAUGGCUGAUCGCUAGGGUGGAUAUUCUUCGAGGCAUACCAUCGGGCUUUCACGGAAGAGGUCCAUGUUGA